ACCUACUUACCGUCCAGGGGGGUCGUACGUCUUCUUGCCUUCUGUGUCUUUCCCCAAACCUCUGUUCUCAAAAGGAAACUCUACUCUGCUGCUAGCAAUGCAUCCUGAGAGGUGGCUAUGUUCGUGCUACCCCACUUUCUGUGUGUGGGCAUUCGUGUUCACAUCCUUGAUUAAAGAUACCACAGCCUGCGAAUCAGAGGAACGGUUAUUUCACAAACUCUUCUCCCAGUACAACCAGUUCAUCAGGCCGGUGGAAAAUGUGUCUGAUCCCGUCAGAGUGUAUUUUGAGUUGGCCAUAACCCAGCUUACAAACGUGGAUGAAGUCAACCAGAUUAUGGAAACAAAUUUGUGGCUUAGACAUAUUUGGAAUGACUACAAAUUGCGAUGGGAUCCCAGCCAAUAUGAUGGCAUUGAAUUUGUUCGUGUACCAGCAGAUAAAAUUUGGAAACCAGACAUCGUCUUGUACAAUAAUGCUGUGGGAGAUUUUCAAGUUGAAGUAAAGACCAAAGCCCUCCUUCGCUAUGAUGGAAUGAUCACCUGGACCCCACCAGCUAUUUUUAAAAGCUCCUGUCCUAUGGAUAACUUUUUCCCAUUUGAUCAUCAGAAUUGUUCGCUCAAAUUUGGCUCAUGGACCUAUGACAAAGCCAAAAUUGAUCUUCUGAUCAUUGGAUCCAAAGUAGAUAUGAAUGACUUUUGGGAAAAUAGUGAAUGGGAAAUAGUUGAUGCUUCUGGCUACAAACAUGAUAUCAAAUAUAACUGCUGUGAAGAGAUCUACACAGACAUAACAUAUUCCUUUUAUAUUCGAAGGUUGCCAAUGUUUUACACCAUAAAUCUGAUCAUUCCCUGUCUUUUCAUCUCAUUCCUGACUGUGUUAGUUUUUUAUCUGCCAUCUGACUGUGGUGAGAAAGUGACCCUUUGCAUCUCUGUGCUCCUUUCUUUGACUGUAUUUUUACUGGUGAUCACAGAAACAAUCCCAUCCACCUCUUUAGUAAUUCUAGUAGGUGAAUAUUUACUGUUCACUAUGAUAUUUGUGACUCUGUCAAUUGUCAUUACAGUGUUUGUCCUGAAUAUACACAGGACUCCAACCACACACACAAUGCCCGAAUGGGUAAUCAUCUUUCUUAACCUGCUCCCCAAAGUCCUGUUGAUGCAGAGGCCACUAGAACAGCAGAAAAAAAAUCACUCCAAAAAACCCAAGAAAGUAUCGGACAGUAAGUCAGGCAAGUCAAAGCACAGCAAACACAAAGAUACCAAACUGCAGAGGGAGCAGCAGCGAUGCAGUCACUGUGACAAGGCAACUGAACUCGCUACCACCACGAGAGGACUGAGCCAUCAAUCACCAAAAUGGAUGGUGGAGCAGGUGGAGUACUCCCCAGAGGUGAAGGAUGUCAUCAGCAACGUCCAGUUCAUCGCAGAGAACAUGAGGUCUCAAAAUGAAACCAAAGAGGUGGAAGAUGACUGGAAAUACGUAGCUAUGGUGAUAGACAGAGUAUUUCUGUGGGUAUUUAUAAUCAUUUGUGUGUUUGGGACUGCAGGACUCUUUAUCCAGCCACUGAUAGCAGAUAAAUAACUUGAUUUGCUGCUUUUUACCCACUUUGGGGUUUGUUUCAUUUUUGGUUUGUAAAUUUACCUUUUAUUUCUCUCCUCUUACAUAACCCACCUGCUCAUCUCCUCCUCAGCACCCAGCCACAGAGGGUCCCAGAUCAAUAAAGCACGUUUAUCUUUGUGUUUGAAAUCAGACAGGUCUUAAACACUUAAUCAUAUUUGAAGACAAACUGACUUAAUAUUAGAAUGUGCUAACCAUGUGAGGCGUACAUGUUUGAAAACUACAUGAUUCCAAAAUCUUGAAAAACUAGUUUAUCUGCCCCUUAGCUUUGCAUGUGACCAAAGUCCCCUCUGCUUCCUGAUACUGAAUACCAAGACCUUGACGAACUUCAGUAGGAUUUCCAAGCCACAACUCUCUUGUCAGAUUAACAAUGGUCCUAGUUCCACAGGAGUUUCCUCUCUGAAAAUUCUUGCUUGCUUGGGCUCAGAUAUAAGCCCAGUACGGAAGGGUUCAUUCCUGAGUGGGUACUGAUCACAGACAGAAUUGGCUUGACAGAAUCAUACUGAUCUGAGUUUUCCUGUUUUUAAAGCUGCAGGCCAACUUAGAUUAUUCACAUCUCAGGAGGAAAAGGUUGAAUAUCAUGAAUCCUGUGUAAAGCUGAGCACCUUGGCUUGAACAGCUGUGCAGCAGUGUUCUGUUUGCUCGUUCCUCAUGGGUCAGUGCUGUGUGUGCAAACCUGUAACUGCAGGGACACAUCCUUUGGGGCUGAGGUUGCUGCUACAUAACCAAAUUCCCAAUCCUAGUGUGCUUAAUCCUGAAACACUUUGCAGAUGUGACCCUGAUGUGGUUUCUAUAAUACAUGGAUGGUUUACCCUUAGGUCCCUUGUCCAUUUGUAUUCCUGUUGGGUUUGUGCCCAAGGAUUCUUCUUUAAAAGGCAGCACUCCAAUUAAACCCAGUAGCUUCAAAAAUACAAAUCUCUUCUUUCUUUUAAGAGCACCUAACUUUAACUGUACAGUGUCAGUGCAGUGUUUUCUGUGUCUGCCAUGUAUCAGUUUCUGCUUUGAACAUCACCAAUCCGUGGAAAGUAUGAAUUGCUGUUACUGAAGUCACUGUCCUUUCACUCUUUUGUGAUGCUCCAUAAUAAAGAGAACAGGAUUGAAUAAAUGUAUAUCUUAGAGAUAAAGGUGGAAUGACAAGAAUAUAACUGUCUUAAUCCAGCCAGUCAUGACUGUCUAGAAGAAAACUAUAUUUUCUGUAAUCUUCCUGAAUGUUGCAUAAUUAUGUAGUGACUGACAAACAGAUAUGUGAACAAGCAUACCUUAUUUUGUCAGCCUGUCAAUUAA